AUGCAGAGCAAAGCCAACGCAGGAAACCAUUCCACGCAUCUGCACCGUUGCUUUGGCAAGCUUUGUGUCAGGGCCAUUUUGUACCUGACACGAAAGCAGAAAUAUUCCAGAGAGAAAACCAACUGGUCCAAUUUGGAAGACAUCUUGCAAGCUUUCACCCAGGAGGUCCAAGGGCUUCCUAGCCAGGACCAGGCUGCUGAUGCUGCAACCAACUCCAGCUCCAACCAAGAAGUGGUGGCAGAUCUUUCUGCAGCCAGCGCAGCCACAGUGGCCAUGAUGCAGAACUCGCACAUGUACACCAUGCCCAAAGAGCAUGGCCAGAAGGUUUUCGAAUUCCAAAAAAUCGAGGAUGCAGGAGCCAUUAUGGUGCAUCGCCCAGUUUUGGCGCCAGAGGAAGAGGUCCACGUUCCACUGGCGGACUUGAAGAAAUGGCGGGUGACCAAAACAGGCAUGCCGCAGCUUGCCAGUUUGGAAAUGAUCCAGCGUGGCCUGCCCCAAGGUAAUGCCAUCUGCCAAGAGGAUUUGCAGAGGGUCCAGAUCGCCGCUGCCCUCCACGCUGCCCAUGAGCAGCAUGCAUUGGAUCCAGAGGACAUUGCUUUCUCAUGCCAGCCCCAAGGCCUGUACACCUUGAAGGCUGUCAAAAAGGCCGCAUUGCAUUUGGUUCCACUGGGAUCCAUUGCCAAGCUGAAAGGCCCAGGCGAGACCAGCAAGAAGCUGACCAUCGACCACUUCGGCCACAAGUGGACCAUCAAUGCAUUCAAGCAAGAUUCCAUGCUCCAAGGGACAGCAGAUGCUGGGUGCCUGACACCCUUCUUCUGGUGCAAA